AUGGCAACCUCUAAGAUUUUGGUCUUCUCCAUAUUCUUAUCCCUAUUAUUCAGCAGAAUUACUGCAGACCCACCGCUUCCAAACGACGGCGCUUCCGCUUCUGCUCCAGAGGUUGCUGGUUCGUCUCUGAAACUGAAACUUGAGUUACUCCAAUUGAAGGUUUCACUUCUAGAAUCAAGCCUUGAUGAGAAAAACCGUGAACUGAAAGAAAAGGAUGAAAGUAUUAAACAGAUGGAGAAGAUUAUUCAAGAGAAAUCAAACAGCAUUGCAUUAAUACAAAGUGGGAUACAGUCUGUCCAGGGAAGAGACUCUUUAGAUGUUGUGGAACUUACAGAUAAGUCACAUGUGCAGGCUGGUGGGCUUGAGAAGCAGGUUAAAAGACUUAGAGAGGACAUCAUAAUGCAAAAUAAGAGAAAAGAUGAACUGGAAACCCGAGCAAGUAUAGCUGAGCAGAAAAUCCGUGAACUGAGUUUGAAAUUAGAAAAUCUUCAAAAAGUUAAUGAUGGACAGAAGAUCGGAAUUCGCAGAACUGGACGUGAUCUUCAAGUGGCAGAGGAAGAAAGGAUGAAGGAAAAAUUUGGGAUCUCUUCGAUAUCUAGAGAUUUGACAGAGGCCCAUGGAGGAUGGCUUCUGCAUACGUUUGCAGUUCAUAUAGGCAAUUUUCAGUCAUACAUCGUGACUUACUGGAACGAGCUGGGAAGACCAGCCUUGGAUCUGGGAAUUGAAAAGGCCUUAGAGAUGAAAACUCAAGUUGAGGUUUGGGCUGAGCUCAACAUUGAAAGCUUCAGAACAGAACAUUUCAGAAAGUAUCAUGUGGAGCUUUCAUUCCAGUUUCAAGAUGUUUAUAAUAAAUGGAUCCCAAGUUUGAAGAAACAGUCUUUUGCAUUUAUAGCCUAUCUUAAACCACAUAUUCAGUCCGUCGCUACAAAUACUGUUGAUGUCUAUCAUUCAUCAAAGAGUUCUAUAGCACCACUUGUUUUUAAGCUGCAAAAGUUGGCAGAUCCUUACAUUCAGGAAGCUAAGAAAUUUACCGACCCAUACAUUGAUCAGGUUGCAAUGGUGACAAGACCACAUUUAGAUAAAGUAUCUGUUGUUUUGCAGCCGUGUGCAGAAAAAGUAAUCUAUGCAUAUGGACAAUUCAUCAGAACUGCAACGUUUUACCAUCAUGAGGUUGAAGAAAUGCUAAAAGGUAAUGAGUUCACGCAAUCGCUUGCAAGUAUGGAAGUGGCAUGGUUUGCGGCCGCUGCUUUACUAGCCCUGCCUGCAGUUUUCCUGUUUAAGUUGUAUUCGGCUAUUUUCAGAAAAAAGACAAAGAAGCGUAGUUAUAGUUCCCAAGUUAACCACACACGUCGCAGGCUCAAGCGUGCCUAUCCUGCAAAGUGA